AUGGCGGCGAGUUAUAAUUCAAGCACGGUGAGACCGCAUGCGGGAAACGGACAGUCGUCGCCUGGGCCCCCUGCACCGGGCCUGCCGUCGACGUCGACGUUCUCGUUCAAGGCCCCGUUCCCUGUGUCCCCUGUGUCGGCGGCCAAUGUGACGGCGCUGAAGCACCGCCGGGUGUCGCUGGCCUCGCCCUCGUCGCCUCGUAUUGUCAAGCCAUGGAGCUUCAGAGACGAAAUGGGGUUACAGCCACAGGCUUCGGAGGAUGCGAAUGUUACGGCGGCGGCGGGGAAGGCUACGUCAGCUAAUACCGCUACGAGUUCGCCGUUGGCAGGAUCACCUUCAGAGACGACGACGCCGCCCACCGACGGGCUGCCGGAGAAGAAGGGCAAGAUGCGGAAGAUUGACCCGACGCAGAACAGCGACGACUCGGCUUUGGUUCUGGAGAAGAAACCUAGGAAGAAAUGGUCUUCGGAGGAGACGCAGAUGCUGGUUGACGGGUGCAAUAAGCAUGGCGUUGGAAACUGGAAAACUAUUCUACAAGACCCUGAAUUCACAUUUCAUGAUCGCUCAGCCGUGGAUCUUAAAGACAGGCACGCUUUAUUUUUUAAUGACUAUCAUAUGACGCUUACAAUGUAUUGGGGCUGUAGAUUCCGGACCUACUUCCCUGAUGCAUACAAGAAACACUACCCGAAUGCACGCACUCACCUUUCCAGCAAGAUUCGUUCGACCUUUGCGGAUGGAACCUCCCUCUUCGAGAAAACACGCAGUAAGCGGAGGAGGCCAUUCACAGAGGCGGAGGACCGCGCACUGAAGGCAGGCUAUGAGAAACACGGCACGACGUGGGCGACGAUUGUCAAAGACCCGAUCUUCCAGGAGCAGAACCGCCGCUCGACAGAUCUGCGUGACCGGUUCCGCAAUGCUUUCCCGAUGCUCUAUCAGGCGGCGGGGUACAAACCGCGCACGGCGGCGGCGAGCAAGAAGCGGGAUAAGGAUAACCUGGAUGGUGCGCCGCAGGUUAUGAGGGCGGCGGAUGAUCAGCUAGCGACUGCUGGACCGGUGAGGAGUCGGCGGAGGGCGCAUACGAGUCAGGGGCUCCUGAGAGGCGGUACGAAGAGUGUCCCACAGAGCACGGCGUGUUCGGAGGAUGAGGACAGUUCGGGAGGAGAGGAGGAGAGCGAGAGCUCGCGAAGGGUGUUCAAGACUCCACCGUUGCCAGUGUUUGUGGAUGGGAAUCAUGAUUUUAGGGCGGGGUCGAAGAUGAAAAGACCCGUGAAGGGUACUACGUCUGUCAGUGCGCCGGUGAUUUCGACUUCGGGGUCUGCUUCUUCAAAUACAACUGCCCCAUCAACUACUACGUCGGCUCCUGUUUCCCAACCGACGGAAUACAAUGAUGGACCUGAGGAUGAGGACAUGGAUCUUGUGCUCGUCGAUACGGACCCACUGAACAUCCCCGACUUCCUCCCGAAUCAUACACAUUCCGACAUGGAGACCUGGUCGUCUGGACUCAACACUCCAACACAUUCGUCUACAGCUGCAUGGUCGACAGCUGCUGCGUCACCGACUUCUAGCCACGUCUCAGACUUUUUCUUGACCGGCAAUGCCACGAGCAACAGUGCAUCAAGUGCCUCGUCACCUUUCAUCCAUAGACGUACUGACAUUCCCGGCUCGCACAACAUGGGCAACAUGAUCGGGAAAAGCGCUUGGGGCACCAACGACUGGUUCUCGCCUAAUCCGCGGCUGGACAGCGGAAACGGCGGGAACGCAAGCAGCAGCGCCUCGUCAUCGUCGUACAUCGACGCCUCGAGCUUCUCGCCCGCCUCGCCGUUCUCCUUCCACCCGCAUCUGAACCACGACGUGCUCGACCGGUACGACCUCUUCCCACCGUACAUGCCCGACAGCAACUCGUCGGAGGUGGGGCACGGCGACACGCACACGACGUUUUCGGGCGAGUUUGGGCUCGGGCUGGGCCUGGGCGGUGCGAGCGGCACGUCGAAGGGGUACCAUUCGCAGAUUGCGGGCGACCUCAUCUCGGGCGGCGCGCGUAUGCACCAGCAGCCGUCGUCGUUCGCCGCCGCGUUUCUCCCGCUGUCGCUCUCGUCCGGGGCAGCGUAUGGGGGUGCCGGGGCUGGUUUUGGGGGUGCGGGACAGAAUGGGGAGAUUUCGGGGUUGGGGCUGGAGGGUAUUCAUCCGAUGCAGUUGCAUGGACAUGGACAUGGGCACGGGCAUUCGCACUCGACGAGUUUGGCGGCGAUUGAUGAGCUUGGGCUGACGGGUAUUUCGUUGAACGACCGUGUGGAUUCGAGCUCCGGUGCGUCGACUGCGUCUGGAAAUGGGGGCGAUGCGAUGGAUGAUGGGAGGCGAGAUGGGGUCGGAGGUGCAGGGACUGGGAAUAACGAUGACGAGCAGGACGCUGUUAUGAUGGAGAUGGCGUUUGGGAUCCCGCAUUCACCGGAAAAGGCACAACUUCAGCAGCAGCAGCAGAUGAGAAGUCUCCAGGAAGAGGAGGAAGCUAAUUCGGUUGAUUUGGACAACUCGCUCAGCUCGGAUUCGUUUGGGUUGGAUGAUCUUGUGGAUAUGAAUGAGCUCCAUGCAACACCGCCAGCUACACCCGUGUUGACGCAGCCGCGGCCGAUGAGGCGGGCCUCUGGGACGAUGAUGCACAGUUUCGAUAGCCCACUUACAGGAGGCGGUGGUGGUGGUGGUGGACAUCACGCAAGAUCCAUCUCCGUCCCACCCUCUGAGGCGCGAAACGUGUUCCUCGGCGGCGGAAUACCGAUGUCGAUGGAUGAUGUCGGCCUGCACAGUAUGCACGCCCCCGUUGAUCUGCAGCAACAACAGUUGGCCGAGUCUGCACGGACACUGCACGCGUUUUUCAACCCGCAUCUGUCGUCUCCUGUCAGUGGCAACGGCCAUGGGCAUGGACUUAUCGCGCAACAGAGGCAUAAGGCGUCGGAGCCGAUGAGGUUGGCUAAUAGCACUGGUUCGAUGCAGCCGCCCAUGUCGCCGGUUCUGCGUCAGCAGCAAAAUGGUAGUGUUCAGCAGCAGAUUCAACAACAACAACAACAGCAGCAGCAGCAGCAGCAACAUCAUCAGCAACAGCAACAACAUCAUCAACAACAGCAACAGCAACAACAGGCUACGGGUUCUGUGUAUACGAACAACCUCCUUUCGCCAUCGUCCCCGUCAAUUCUUUCUCCAUCAUCAAAUUCCGCAUCCGCCGCCGCUGCUCAUCAAGGACAUGGCAUUGGCAUUGGCCACUCCGUCCAUAUGAAUAUGAACGAACAGAACCUCAAUAACGAAAUAUGGCGGAAUGUCUUCCCAUAUAACUUAUCAUUCCUAGAUCUGCACACGGAUUACACGCAUGCCCCGGGCCAUCAUCAUUCUCAGUACGGUGCGCUGAACAACCACCAUGGCUUAGGCGGUGGGCUGGAUGUGACGCUAGAGGAUUACUCAGAGGCAAGGCAGGGUCUAGCAUUAGAUCUGGCUCAAACGGCUGUGUCGUCCUCGUCGUCUCUGUUCGGUGCUAACGGUGCCGGCUUUGGAAGCUUCAAUAUGAACCUGGGCGCGUCGCUGAGAGGGUUCAACCCCUCCCCUGUGGGAACGAUCAGGCAGCGCGGUAUGGGUAGGGAGAAAACGCCGAUCCCUGCACGGUUCGUGGCGCCUUCUCAGACGGUGUCGACUGUAAACGGGGAGCUCAGCGAGUUGGGGAUCGUAGGUGCGACUGUUGAUGGGCACGGUGGUGCCGAGGAUGGUGGAAGGGGUUCGAACAAGGACGGGACUAUUAGGAGUCGUAAGCAACCACAGCGCUCGGGAAAUGGGACUCUUGGGAGAUCAAUGAGCCAUCAUAGGGGCCAGAGCCAGAGCGCUGUCUGUCCACAGGACCUCAUGCUUCGCAGCGACAAUAAGAGAAAGAGGGCGAGUUGGGAUGGAGGUAUAGCUUGA